UCUGAACUGUUUGGUCAGCAAUAGUGAUAUUAUAAUUAAUGUAAUAGUAUUUGUUAUCAUUAAAAGAUCACUAGUCUGUAGUUCUGUAUGUAUCUACUUUAGUUUAGUAAAAAUUAGCACUUAUGAGCUAAGUGGUUAACCUUGGCGUUGUAAAUAAACUUUUGUGCGUGCAAUUUAACCUGUGCAUAAACAGUGUAAACACUUGUUAAUUAAUAAUUUGAUUCAACUCCUGAGUCACAAAGUUGCACGAUACUUAUCUGCCUAAUGUUGAGAGAAGAGACAAAAACGACCUCAAAACAAUGGCACUUGUACAGAUAUCUAUUUAAUACGUAGUCUUUAAAAUUCGUCCAUAAUAGCAAUUAUUUUUGACUUCGUUUCUACAUCGUAUUCAGUAUUAAUUCAAAUCAAUAAUGGUCACUAGUACAGUAAUGCAGGCUGAUGUUGUUUUUGUUAUUGAAAGCACUGCUUCCAAUGGAGCAUAUUUGAAUGAUUUUAAAACAAAUUAUCUCAUACCUACCUUGGAAUACUUCAGUCAAGGUGGAAUCGAAGAUCGUGAAUAUGCAUCCGAAACGAGUCUGACACUUUAUGGCAUCGUUGUUUAUCAUGCAUCGGACUGCUUACCAUCGCCCUUCACAAACACUUUUGGACCAUUUUCCAAUCCACACAAAGUGAUUUUAACCCUUGAAAAACUCGAAAUGGUUGGUGGAAAAGGGGAGUCCCAUGCUAACAUUGGUGAAGGUCUUGCCACUGCCUUACAAUGUUUUGAAGACUUGCAAGUGCGCAGAGAACCAAACGUAGCAUCACAGAAACAUUGUGUCUUAGUAUGUAAUUCACCACCAUAUCAAAUUGGUGUUCAAGAAUCUUACUUGUUCUCGGGAUAUUCGGUGGAUCAAUUGGCAGGCGUUUUCCAAGAGAGAAGUAUAAGUCUGUCGAUACUGUCACCUCGCAAAAUCUCGGCGCUGUUCAAACUGUUUGAAAAGGCAGGCGGCGAUUUGCCCUCCUCUCAGACGAAGAAUUACGCCAAAGACCCACGCCACCUCGUCCUCUUGCGCAAUUACAAUCUAAAGGAGAGCCCGGUGAGCCCGACGACUGCAGCGAGCGCAGCCGCGGCAGCAGCAGCAUGCGCGGCCGCCGCAGCAGCCGGAGUGCCGCCGGGCAACGCCCAGAUAACCCUAAGCCCCUUGCAAAGUAAUGACAGUCCUAAUCCCAACCAAACACCCCAAAGUAUCGUUGUCAAUGCACAAUCCGUAACACAACAACAAGCACAACAACAACAACAACAACAACAACAGGGACCACCUACCACCUUCCGCGGACAGACGACACCACAGAACAUAAACUCUGUGCAUCAACAACAACAACAACAACAAGCCGUCAGUCAGCAACAACAACAACAACAACAACAACAACAACAACAACAACCACCACCCAUGAACGCGUCAAUGGCCAGCAGACCGCAAUUCAAUCCGCAAAUUUCAGCUCCACCCAACUACCAUCCGGGAAAUAUGGGCGCUCGGUCACCUCAUCCAGGGCGCUCUGGCUGGAUGAGGCCGCCCUACAUGAAUCCCGGUGGGCCAGGUGGUGCUGCAGGUGCUGUUGGUGCGCAGCCACAGCCACCUACUAGUACACAAAGUAGCGCUCUAAUUGCUCAAUUGUCCCAACCCCCGUCCACCAUGGGCAUCAACGUUCAGCCGUUUGCUCAGCGUAUGGAAGGGGCACCAAAUGCUGCCAUGGCCUCGAACCCUCAGCAAGCCCAACAGCAACAGCAACAGCAGCAACAGCUUAGCCAACAUCAACAGCAACAGCUAAGGCAGUUGAACAUGCAGCAACAGUUGCAACAGCAGCAGCAGAACGCUGUCCAGCAGCAAAACGCUCAGCAAGCCUCAAUGGGAAUGCAGGCCCAGGGCUCCGUGGCCCAACAAAAUGCCCAACAGCUUAACGUAUCCGGUGUGAACCAAUCAAUGGUGUCGCAAGUUCCUCAGACCGUCACAGCUUCUCAGGCAUCGUCUGUACAAACGGCUUCUGCGUCAGCUCAAAUGACACAUGCCCAACAAGGAAACAAUCCACCUGGGCCAGCGCCCCAGCCUACGAUGAUGAGUGCGGACCGCACUGUUAUUUGGAGGGGCAUGCUCGAGUGGGUUGAGAAAAACAAGAACUCAAAUGACUCUCAGAAACAAACCUGGCAAGUGCCUUGUCAAAUAUCGGCUACUCUCAAAGACGGUGAACCAGAGGUGAAGGCGGAAUCGUGGCCUAUGAAACUCAUCAUGCAGUUGAUGCCGCGAAUAUUGAUAGGCAACAUAGGACAGGCGUAUUUGAAAAAUUCAAAGUCUGUUGUGUUUUAUCCAUCUGCAUGCGAUGCUCUCGAAUCAUUGAUAAAAGUCAUGUCCAAUGGCUUUGCUGGCUGUGUUCAUUUUACCCAAACUGCGGCUUCCAAUAUCAAAGUUCUUUUGCUCUUGUACACCGCAGAAAAACGAACGUUUUUUGGUUUUAUCCCCAACGAUCAACAAGCUUUCGUCGAUCGACUCAGAAAAGUGAUACAGGAGCAGAAGAGCAAUGCGAACACAGUUCGCCAAGGUCCUCCAGUGGCAUUGAGGCCAACUGCCCCAGGCACGGGUCCGGGUAGUGCAAAUGCCAAUGUGAUGUCCGGAGGCGUUGCUAAUCCAGGAAUAUCGUCCCAGAGCGGAAUCACGAUGAUGUCGCAGACGAACACGAUGACCAUGGGCGGCGGGCAAAUUACACAAAACGUCAUACCGAAUAAUGCUAUUCCUCAGCAGCCUAUGGCUCCGUCUACGGUACAGCAACAGAAUCAGCUCAACAUACAGCCGGUGGGCCUUUCACAAGGCGCUGGAGGACCACAGGCACAAAUGAACCCUGCAGGAAAUAGUAUGAUGGGACAGCAUCAGCAAAUAGAAAUGGCUAGGCAGCAGAAUCUUUUGAAGAUACACCAGCUGCAGCAGACGUUGGAAGCUGCUCAACAACAAGAGGCGCAGUACAAGUCUCAGGAGGCGCAGUACAAAUCACAAAUGGAAUCGCAGAUCGGCAACAUACAACAAAAUCUCGAGCACGCCCAAGCUCAAGAAAUGCAGUACAAACAAAUCGAAGCUCAGCAAGCUCAGAGAGGGUUGAACCCUGGAUCAGUGAUGCAGACACCACAACAAGCGAACGCGCAACGGUUAAUGCGACCGGUUGGCAUGGGCAACACGCCUGUUGGACUUCGGCAUCUUUUGCAACAGCAGCAACCGCAAUACCGUCAAGUUCUCGGGAUGCAACCACAAAUGGUUGGACCUCGCGGUCAAAUGGCACCAAGAGCCAUGGCACCAAAUAAUCCGCAGAAUCAGCAAUUUGAGGAAGUUAAUAAUUUUGAUUUUCUCGGUUAAGUUGAUGAA